CUUCCUCGUUCUCUUCUCCCAUUGGUCACUUCUUCAGCCUUCAGUCACAUUAACUACAAUUCCCUACAGCCUUAGCUGCUGAGGUCACAUGACACGGAAAUAACCAAUUGCGUUGGUAAGGCAGUCCUCAGUCGCCAUGCUGGAUCACAUUGCAUCCUCCGUGAAGAACAUGGCCAUCUCCAAGGAGAAGAUAUCGGAGAAGAUCCUCAACCAUGCCCUUGAGAUCAUCUACCUGGUGACGGGAGAGAAAUAUGUCCUUGUGAAGAAGAAGUCUCCUCACUGCUGCAUCCAUCCGCAGUCCGGGACGUGUUAUGUUUGGUAAUGACAACACUUCUUGUCAGGUGCAGCUUGUAGUCAUUACCGAGGCCCUAUUUAGUUCUGACUCUCACUGCUUACCAUGCGGUUUAUAUUUCCUGCUGGAGUUGGUUAAGCUGGUGUGUUGUUCCUUUGGAUCUCCUGCUCCUCCAUUCUGCUUUAAGCUAAGUGCAUUUUGUUGUUCGCUUGUGUUUGUUGUUUUCUAGGACUCAGGGAGACGCUGGUUCCUUAAUCUGUGAAGGAAUUAGUAGUCUGAUUCCCUGCCACCAUUCCUAGGGCCUUCCAGGGUCUUCAGGGCCUAGGUUCCAGUGUAUGAGUAGUUUCCUUAAUGGAGAGGAUAACCUAGGAACCGCAUAGAUCUCACCGUAUUAGAUAGAAGGAUGGCCUUACCAAACCAUUGCUCUUUUCUAGGUGCCUGUAAAAUGCGAUGACUGUGGCCGUCUACUUCUCCAUGGAGGAGUGGGACUAUGUGAAAGGACACAAGCAGCAGUACCAGAGCAUUAUAACCGAGACCGAACCUGACAAGAUGGACACUGCAGACUUGGGUAUAACGCAGGAUGCACAGGAUGUUGAUGAAAGCCGCUCCCCAGAAUUAGCAGACCUGCACGUGGAAGAAAUAGACUACGAGUCAACCAGCGGGAAGGAUGACGACGAGUAUGAAGAGGAAGACCACAAGAUGAAAUGCAAAUAUGAGCUGAGCAGUGGACCCCCGGGGACCUCAGCAGCCGGUCGCUUCACAUCCAUCAUAGAUGACACCUACCCUGCAGCCCCUUUACUGGAUGAAAGCGAAAUCAAGGUGGAGAUGACCGAAGAGAUAAAAGAAGACGGGACGUACGAAAGCCUCGCCAACAGGACGUCUGCACCGGACAAAGUCACGACCCCCCAUUACCGCUGGAACCCAAACAUCUGGAGCAUCAGUGAGCGGUUCAUAUGUAGUGGGAAUGGUAGACCCUUUGACCCCUACCCAGCCAUAAAACCCACCACCGAGGACAAGCCCACAGAAACAUCCCGCCUGCAGUUCAUCAACCAGGUUGCCUUAGACGACAAGCCGUUCCGAUGCAUCGCCUGUGGACAGAUGUUCAAAUACAAAUCCAGCGCCAUGCGGCACUACAGCGUGGUCCACGGGGUGAAGCCUCACCAGUGCAACGAGUGCGGCAGAAGGUUCUCCACCAAAUUCAAAGCAGUCGUUCACAAGUGCAACCCCCGCAAACACUCGAGGGAUUUCUGGGACGAUCAGGGGGGGUUCACUCUUUAGAAAUGGGCGGUUAUUAAGGUGAAAAGCUUAGAGGGAAGACAAAGUUUUAAAGGACCACUCCAGGCAAAACGGAUCCACUGUGUCAUGCCAGACUCGGGUCCUGAGGGGACGGAGCAUGACAGGGAUCUCUGUCUUAUGGUGUUUGAAUCCCUCUGGCUCUGCAUACACAUAUCAAGUUUACCUGGAGCGUUCCUUUAAAAUCUAAACAAAAAAGUAUCCACUAAAGUAAGUUCUUGAGCUUUCCUUUUUUUUUUGCAAGCGUGGCCACCAUUGCAGCUUAAAGUGAAUGUCCACCUAAAAACACUUCCAAAAUUCAGUGUUGAUGUAAUGUCCUAAUCUGUAUUUAUAGCGGCCAGAGCUUUGUUUUUAUGGCGACCCCCAGCGUAGACAUAGAUUUAGAAGAUGAAUUUCUGAUUACUUGUAGUCACCACUAGGGGGGAGCGUGGCGCUUACACCCUACUGUUCAUACAUUGAGCUCCAUAAUAACACAGUAUGCUAAUGAGCUCCCUCUAGUGGUGGCUGCAGGCAACCAGGAGUUUCAUUUUAUUCUGUGUCCAUGCAGGGGGUUUGGAGGUCUAUAUUACAAAAAUGGAGCUAAGCACAUUAUACUGGACUCAAGAACGCUUGAAGUGGUCACUUACCUUUCAACAGACUUUUCAUAAACCAACUUUUGCAUUCAAUGCUGAUGUAGAGGAGUCCUGGACUCUUGCAGGGACGGACAGGUUUGGGACUGUAAACCCCAGCUGCAUAGGGGCCGAAAACCAGGCGACAGGUUCCCUUUCAAAAGGACAUUUCUCUAUGGACAUCGGCAUAUACACCAGGUAAAGCGCCUGGCACAUACAUCAGUUGUAGCUACAGGACUCUUCUCCUGACAGGUGUCCUAGGUGUUGUUCUGACGCAGCCUUAGAGUUGAAUGCUAACAUUGUGGCUGAAAUCACCACCAGGGGGAGCUCACAGCACAUCAUUUAUUAUGGCUCUCAGUGGGAUUAUGCAUUAAGCGCCCCCAUCAGGUGAUCAUUUACCUGUGAUUUCUAUCGGACUAUUACCAUGACCCAGGUGUGGAUGGUAUACGUUUUCUUUCAGUACAUAUCCCAAUGAUGUGAAAUUUCUGACACGUGGACUUUAUUAUGUAUUGAGUGCUUCAGUAAGUGGUUUGUGAGUCCCGUACUGUAUCAUGUAGAGGGGAUGGGGUUAUACCAGAGGGAAGAUUCGUUUAUCAGCGGUUUUUCUUUCUUUUUUUUUGUAAUUGUGUGAAAGAAUGACAAUGGGAAUUGCUCAAAAAUCCUUUUGUAAGUAGACAUUCUUUUUGUAUGCAAAAGGUCCAAUAAACUGAAAGCACAUCUCUGCUCAGAAACAAAA